AAUCAUCCUUCAACAUGAUAUUAUAUCACCUACUCUCCAUCAUUUACGUAAUCCAGGAACUCCGCAUGAAAUCUUGAAUAAACUUAUCGAUACAUUAGUUAAUAUCCUCUCAGUUGGUGAUUUGUCAGGUCCAAAUUCAUCACAGAUAUUGGCUAAUGAAUACGCUGACAAAUUAGCUUCUGCAGGAAUAGUAGAAGCAUUGAUUAUGACUUGGAAUAAUCCUUCAGUAAACGAAAUUGUAAAAGAGAAAGUACGUGGAUUAUUAGAACGGUGGUUUUGUGGAUAUUUACCACGAAAUGAUCAAAGUAGUGGUGAAAUUGAAGAAGAUAUUGCGUCAAUUGAAGAACGUGUUUCAAGAUUGACCAUCAUGGGUG